AGGUUGACGGAUACCCCGGCCGAACGUUAGCAAUUCAUUUGUUAACCUAGCGCGACUUUCCGGAACCAUCAUGUAGUGGCACAGUUAUAACAUACUGUUUACUUUUAACGUCGUAACAAGGGCAACGGUACAAAAAAGGCCAGACUCUUUUUUACAAAGACGUGUAGCAUACGGACAGAUUUAUUUUCAGGUGAGAUCAGGUGAGCAGGAAGGAGGAGCCACGCACACAUUUGUGGAUCUGUAGACGCACGUCAUGACAAGCCGGAGGAAAAGAGAAGUGAACUCUUCUUGAUUGUAAACUUGGAGAAGGAAGAACAUGGAGCACGCCUCCAUAAAUUGGAAUCCGAAGAGAUAAAAACAAAUUAGGAACUGAGCGGAAAGAUGGCACAGCAGGAGGAGCCUCUGUAUGACUUUCCAGAGCCCACCCAGCCAUCAAAGCGCAAGCUUCUUAGGCCUCAAAGAGGAAGAGGCUCCCUGAGAAGCAUCAGCGUGCUGGACCGUCUCCUGCUUACAGUUCCUGUCUGGCUGCAGCUGUCUAUCAACCCAGCAAAUGCACUGCACAUUCUGCAAAGAGAACCUCCUGGGACAUUCCUGGUGAGGAAGUCCCACACAUCCCAAAGGAACGUGCUUUGUGUUCGACUGGCAGAUGACAGUGUGCCAUCCUUUGUGCAGGAGUUUAGCAUCAGGGAGGAACAGUCUACUCUGUCCCUGGAGAAUUCGGCCAUCAGCUUUCCAGAUCUCCCAAGACUAAUUUCCUUCUAUUGUGUCAGCAGAGACGUGUUACCGUUCCCGCUGGAGCUUCCUGAAGCCAUUGCAAAGGCAGCAUCACACAAAGAGCUCGAGUCCAUCUCCCACAUGGGAAUUGAAUUCUGGCGUUCCCAUCUGAAUGUCCGUGGACCACGAGAGGCUCCUAAGCCCAGAAAAGAGAAGAAGCCAGAUGGUGCAACAUCAGCCACACCUGCUAUUCUACAGACUAACUCUGCAGCUCAGCCAGAUUCUGGUCUCCUACCAGAUUCAGAGAACCAGCUCAAUGCAGCCGUAUCCCACUCAAACGGCACUAAAUCUGAUUCAAAUCCAACUCUGUUCCAGGAGUUCUGUCCCAUCACAACACGCACCCCGAGAGAACUGGACUGCGGUUCCGGCCAGGGCGCCCUCUGCUUCAUUAACCCUCUUUUCUUGCAGUCGCAGAAUGCUUUCUCCAGAAGGCGCAUGUUCAAACGCAGCCUAAAGGUUCGAGUUUCCACAGAGACAUCGACCUCUCUCUCGCCUCCGCUCGCCCCGCCGCCUCCUCCGCCCCUCAUGCCUAAAAUCAAAGGGAGAAGUAAAGGUCUAAAAGGAGGAGGAGGAGGAGGUCCGCUUCGUGUUGCUCAGGCUGACCAACCUUCCACUGAGCUAGGAGAGCAGCCUCCAUCAGAUCUUUAUUUCUGGUCAGAGAUGUGUGAAACUGGCCACACUAAAGCUGACAUCAAACAGGAAGUGGCUUCAGCUGAGCUACCAGCCAUAAUGGAGCAUCUUCUAGAUGAUUACAUGCAGCCUUGUCCUGUGGUCAGUGCCCACUCUCCCUCACCCUCUCCUUACCAGUCGCCAUCCAUUUCUCCAAGAGCACCACCUCUUUUCCCCAAAACUUGUCCUUCCCUCACUCCUCGUGACUCUCCCAGUGCUUCUCCAUCCAUCUCACCUUAUCAGUCCCCAUCUUUAUCCCCCACAGUGCCUCAGUCUCUCUCUCCAUACGACUCACCCAACAUUUCUCCCUCUCUCUCUCCUGCAACUUCUCUGAAUUCCUCUCCACUGAGAGAACAAGUCUGCUGUGCAGAUGCUGCUUCUUCAGGGCCAGAUGAGCAGAGAUCAGGGUGGGAGGCUGAGGAGGAAGCAGCACACACAGAUAAGAGCAAAGAGGAUGACAAAGGAUUUGGAUGAAAAGGUGGGGAAAGGGUAAACCGAUGUGGAUGUAAAGAGGAGCUCUGAAGUGGAGAGUAAUCUUAAAGAAAGAACAGAGACUCCACCUUUGUCAUCCCAUAAACAGGACAUGGUUAAACAAUGCGAAGAGCAAACGCCUUAAGACUGUUUAUGAAUUUCUAGGUAGUCAAAGAUUAAAUUUUUAAAUCGAGCAGUGAUACCUGACAGAAAUUAUGUGAGAUUUUUCUUAUAAUUUAAAUUUAAGACUCUUAAAAGUGUUUUAUUUGCUCUUCAUUUAGAAUUAGGGAGCAGGUCUUUUUCAAAUUUAACCCACCAAAAAAUAGCAACAAUUGUUGAAACGUUUAGCAAUCCAGCUUUUUAGAUAAAAAUAACAUCCUCAAUCUAUGAAGAGAUUUUUGUACUUGCAAAUUGUGAAUAAUGAAACCUUAGUGAAUGAGUUUGCUUAUUUUUAUUUUACAAGAAUAAAAUAUUCAGUAGAGCGUGAUCUAAGCUAUUCAAAGUGAAUAAAGAUUUUUUUUGUAAAACUUAAAUGAAAUCUUAGAUCCUUUCACACAUUGUGGCCACUAGCUAUUCAUAAGCCGUGGUCCAGACUCUGGUGUUUCACUCUAUACAGCACCACCAACCAGGCAACUAGAAGUCCACUAAAAGGUUCUUCAGACUCACAUGUCCAACACUGCCAACAUUUCCAAAAACAUCAGGAUUAUCUUUCUAUAGUAAGGCAGGAAAAAUGUAAAGUUUAAUUAAUAACUUAAGGGCUAAUAUACUUGUUCAAAAGACUGAAUUCUACACAUUAAGGCCGUCAUCUAAGCAUUAUAACGGACAUCAUGCAUCACUGGCUAUAUUUUACCUUAUAAUUUGACCACUACUGUGACUGUACUGCUCUGACAGAUAAAAAAUAAUUGUAAAACUUUAGAAUUGAUUUAAUGAAAUUAAUAACUGCAUUAAAAGAGGACAUUAUUUAUCA